UUUGUAGAAACACACGAGACACUUAACAUCUCUGUAAGCAAAAGGAGGGACAAUGACCUGGAGUUGGCUGGCUUCUCUGAAAGGAUACAUGUUUCCACAAAUUGUUUGACAAGAGUUGGAAAAUUUGUUUGGUGAUGAGGUGAGAAGAGAUGUAGAGCUGUUUGCCUAUGGUCAUACCCUCCCUCUCCCUCUCUCCCCAGAGAAAAAACGCUCAAUCACAGUUUAUGGUCUCGUUGGCAUUCGUUACACAGGAUGUCACGCAACACGCUGACCCCACGUAUGAUGUAUCACAGACACUACCAUAUGUGACCUUCAUGUCGUUUAUCACCAAAAAGCGUGUCGCGUUCCGUACGAAUGAAUUUACCCGUGUGUUGAGCCAAGAGUACACAGCAAACAGCGCAUAGACGUUGAAAGUUCGGUCCCUUGUUCUUGGAUCCAGGACAAGUCCGUUUUGACCGGACCAUGCGAGCAGUUGCGACCCAGCUCCUGCUUGCCUCGCUUUCGUUCUUGGUACUUACAGAGGGAUAAAAAAGGAUAUGCCAGCGCCCACCUUCGUGGAUGAUCGGUCAGCUGAACCCAUUGGCUGAGGCACGAUCGAAGGGUCACGUGGUAAUCCUGGGAGUGAUGCUCGCCAGCUGACGAUUUUGUCAGUGGCAGGCUGGGCGGAUGAACCUCAUGUACAAAGAAAUAGUUGUGAAGAGGAAUAUCACUGACAUUACCUUCAUGAUUCUGAACAUGAAAAAAUCCGCUACCUCAAUCUCCGAGUUGAAAAAGAGAGUGUCGUUCCCAGUCUACCAAGAGCCCGCCAACCAAGACAUCGUGGCAAUGCUUGACGGAAAGAAAGACGAUAUGUUGAUUUACGAUCGCUGUGGACUGUUGGUUGAUCAUUUGAGAAUGCCCUACAGCUAUAUGAGAUAUCCAUAUGUCUGGGAUUCCUUAAAGAAAGUUUAUAACAACAAGAUUUCAGAAUGCCACCGACAUUGCCCAACCCCAACAACCGCGGCUCCAACCCAGUCCACCACAGCCAUGCCUGUUACGUCACAAGAAUUUUCAAUCAAUACCACAGUAAGUGUUACUACGCAGCCGGCUCGACUUGAAACUACAACGAAUUCGUCAUUCAAGAUCUUAAACAACCAAAGCACGUGGCAAGCGAAGAGGAAACGAAAUAAAAUAGACUAAUAUUUUAUUUCAGUCAGUUCUCAUUAAUUAGUUUUUGACAUCUUGUAAGUGUGCCGAGAUUCUCGGUCAUUUUUGGCCGGUUUUAAGAGGGAGAUUACAGAAGAAGACAAGGAUUAAUGAAAACCCGAGUAACGUUAUAAGGUUUUUUUUCAACUGUUUUUGACUUGUUACUGAGCACACUGUAAUCCGUAUAUUUCUCUAACCCUCGAUUUUUCGAACCUCCCGAUUAUUCGAGCAAAAAAUCUUUUCCGUCCCCUCAAUCGAACAAUUAAUACUAUACGGGGGUAAUUCUAGCCCCAGAGUUGAAAAAAAAAGAACUCCACUACAGUAUUUCAUAUGUAAUUUGUAUUUUUUGGUUAGGAUUAGCGCCAAAUCUUUUCAAUCUGGAAACUUUGUUUAUAUGACAAACAAACAAAUAAAGUGCAAGUUGUUUGUUUCGAUGAAAAUCGACAAAGUGAUAGAAAGUCUAGAAAAAAAAAGUAUCAAGAAAUGAUCUGUUUUUUGUUUUUGGAUAGCCUCUGAGUCCGUUAUGACGAAGUUACAUUAAACUUGAAUUGUAACUUUUGAUGCUUGGAGUUCACGCUGUGUAAAAUCAAGAUUAUUUUUUUCCUUGAGUUUCUUCAAGAUCAGUGCUUCGGAAUCCUACGUAAAAUACGAUUUGUAGUGGUUUUUACCCACAGCAGUUGUAAUCAAAUAUUAAAGUUUGAAACUAUAAA